AUGGCUGCAUCAACCCUCUCAUCACGGCGGAGGUGGGACAGCGGGAUCCCCCCGAUUCUCCGGCCCCUGAUACGCGCCUACUUGUUUGGGUAUGGAUAUGCAGUUGGCCCUCGACUACUCACCCUUUUGCUACAACACGCCGCCCGAUACCGACGCCGUAACAAGCGGACGACGACGGCACACGAGCCACAGACGGAAACACCGACAAAACGGCAUGAGCCUUUUCUGGCAGCUGUCCGGCGUAUUUUACUAGUACCUCUCGACAAGCAGAGUUUCCCUACCUUCUGCGCCGCUCUUAUUGGCGGUACCACAAUUUUCGAGCUUUCUUUAAGAUCUCUAUUCGAACGCCAUGCCGGGAGUAUCCCUGACCUUGUUCGAAGAAGGCUCUCGCGGUGGGUGGCCUCCUUUAUCGCAGCCUGGAUGAGUCUAAGGCUCUUGCAGUCCAAGCAAACCCCCAGCUUCACAGCUGUUACGGCAGCAGAGCCUGGACCGGAUGGACGUCCCCAAACCGUCGAGUAUGCAGGACGCACCCUGGACCUAACCCUCUUCGCGUUUACCCGCGCGCUGGAUGUUGUGGUCGGCGAGCUAUGGCACCGGCGGCGCACUCGCCGCGUAGCCGCGGGGCAGUGGACAGCACUGGAGCGUACCAUCUCCCGCUUCGCCGACCCGGCCGUCUUCGCCCUGUCUAGCGGGCUGGUCAUGUGGACGUGGUUCUACCACCCACCACGACUGCCGGCCGCCUACAACAAGUGGAUAUCGACCGCCGCCGCCGUGGACCCGCGCCUCAUCGAGGCCCUCCGCCGCUGCCGCGACCGCACCCUUCUAUACGGCCGCGACACAGGCCAAGCCAGCCUCCUCGGCACCAUGUGCGACGACUACGGCAUGCCCGCCGUCUGGGGCGACCCCGCCGUUUCGGUUCCCUUCCCCUGCGAGCUGGUCCACAUGGGCUGCGGGCCCUCGUGCGAAUGGCACGCCCUGUCGCGUUUCGCCCGCUCCUUCCGCUGGGCCAUGACCUCGUACCUACCCCUCUCCCUCGCCCUUGCCAUACGCGGCGGCGGCCGCGGCAGCAGCAGCAGCCACAAGAGCCGCAAAGCCGCCCUCCUCGCCAUCCUGCGCCGUGCCACCGUCUCAGCAUCCCGCUCGUCCGCCUUCCUCGCCGCCUUCAUCACGCUCUUCUACUACGGCGUGUGCCUCGCGCGCACGCGCAUCGGCCCACACCUCUUGGGCGGUAAGAAGAACGACCCCACCACCACCACCACCACCAUGCGCCAGACCAUCGACGGCGGGGUGUGCGUCGGCACGGGCUGCGUGCUGUGCGGCUGGAGCAUUCUGCUCGAGAAGGCCGGCCGCCGCAAGGACAUGGCGCUGUUUGUGGCGCCCCGCGCCCUGGCCACGCUCUUCCCGCGCCGUUAUGCCAUUGACAAGCAGUGGCGCGAGACGCUGGCCUUCGCGGCCAGCACGGCCGUGGUGAUGACGUGUUUUGCGGAGAAUCCGCGCAGGGUGAGGGGGAUGAUGGGGGGUGUGUUGGGGUCGGUUUUUAGGGGGUGA